CGCGGCACUCGGGACUCAGCGCGUGGGUCCUAGUCCUCGUUGUCGCCAUGCCCGCCGACAUCAGCCAGUGGUCCGGGCCGCUGAGCCUGCAGGAGGUGGACGAGCGUCCCCAGCACGCGCUGCGGGUCGCCUACGCCGGGGUGGAGGUGGACGAGCUGGGCAAAGUGCUGACGCCCACCCAGGUUCAGAAUAGGCCCAGCAGCAUUUCGUGGGAUGGCCUUGACCCAGGGAAACUCUACACCCUGGUCCUCACCGACCCGGAUGCUCCCAGCAGGAAGGACCCCAAAUUCAGGGAGUGGCACCAUUUUCUGGUGGUCAACAUGAAGGGCAAUGACAUCAGCAGCGGCAAGGUCCUGUCCGAUUACGUGGGCUCUGGGCCUCCCAGUGGCACAGGCCUGCACCGCUAUGUCUGGCUGGUGUAUGAACAAGACAAGCCACUGAACUGUGACGAACCCAUCCUCAGCAACAGGUCAGGAGAUCAUCGCGGCAAGUUCAAGGUGGCGGCCUUCCGCAAGAAGUAUCACCUGGGAGCCCCGGUGGCGGGCACAUGUUACCAGGCGGAGUGGGACGACUAUGUGCCCAAGCUGUAUGAGCAGCUGUCUGGGAAAUAGAGGAGCCGCGGAGGCCAGCGGUCCUGGGGACCCCCACAGUGUUGUCAAGAUGUGCAAUGCAUGCUCCUUCUCCUCCUUCCUUCCCACCCCCUCGCAGGGAGUCCCGAGCUGUGCCAGGAUAGAGGUGUAGGGUGACUUCCCGCUGCCCAUCCUUAGGAUUCUAAUAACCGUAUCCAGGUUUCUGUUUGCUCGAGUUUAGUCUCCAUCUAGGAGGUGUUUGAUGUUCUGAUGGAGUCCUUGUAUUGUUAAUUUAAGAUUUGCAACCCUGAAAAGUAAAGACACUCUGCUCCAUGUGAGGGUGAGGGCUAGUGUUGUUCUGUACGUGGUUUGACAAGGACCCGCCCAGAACCAGGCGUGGUGGCAUCUUCUGAGAUGUGUUUUUAGAGUUCUGUCCCCAGCUGAGGCAACACAAGGCUUCCAUCUCAGCUGGGGCAGGCGGCUGCACAGGUGCUGGUGUCCUGUAGCUCUGAAGAACGGGGCUACCGUGCUGAGACGAGGCCCCGGAGAGAGGGCUAAGCUUUGCUUCUCAGUAGUGUGAGCAAAAGUCCCUGGAGUUCCUAGGUGUGUUAAUCUUGUCUGUACAUCAUCAAAUAAAAAUUAAGGCAUUGGA